ACACGAGCUCCGGAACCAUGUUGGAAUGAGUCGUAUCCAGAGGGACACAAUUCGUUGCCGCACUUCGGCGUCAGACCUGCAUCUCGCAUGAAUGGAAUGAUAUUAGCCGUAAAAGCCUUGACUCAGGAAUGGAAACUAGAUGCAGAUACUUCCUAGUUAACAUUUUUAGUGAAUAUCUGUGGAUUUAACGUGAGGACAGUUUCCCAUUAAAUUCAACUUUAGUGUUGUCUGUUUGUUUGUGUGUAGAGCGGAAGCUAAGCAGCUGCUAGCCUAAAACUAAAGGCUACAUAACCGUUAGCCUGCUAGCCUGCCUGUCACCCCUGCUUCGAGAUCAUAGACCAAAAACAGAGCAAAGAUGGUUGAAACCAUAUUUGACCUCCCGGUGGAGAAACAGAUAUUUUAUGCUGUUUUGGGAUUUUCGUGGACAGUGUAUCUAUGGGAAGCAUACCUGUCUUACAGACAAAGGAGGAUAUACAGGUCAACAACACAUGUGCCACAGGAACUGGGAAAAAUUAUGGAUUCUGAAACAUUUGAAAAGUCGCGUCUCUAUCAGCUGGAUAAAAGCAACUUCAGCUUCUGGUCUGGACUCUAUUCUGAGACUGAAGGAACGCUGAUCCUGCUCCUGGGUGGAAUCCCGUUGCUGUGGGGUGCCGCUGGUUCUGUGACAGACCGCUUUGGAUUUGGUUCAGAUUAUGAGAUCACCCAGUCACUCGUGUUUCUUACGCUUGCCACCAUGUUCAGUGCCUUAACUGGACUUCCUUGGAGUUUGUAUAACACAUUCGUCAUUGAGGAGAAGCACGGCUUCAACCAGCAGACAGUAGGGUUCUUCUUGAAGGAUGCUGUGAAGAAGUUUGUUGUGACCCAGUGUAUCCUGCUGCCUGUCACCUCACUGCUUCUAUACAUUAUCAAGAUUGGUGGGGACUACUUUUUCAUCUAUGCCUGGCUCUUUACCUUAGCUGUUUCCUUGGUACUUGUGACCAUCUAUGCUGACUACAUUGCUCCCCUCUUUGACAAGUUCACUCCUCUGCCAGAGGGAGAACUGAAGACAGACAUUGAGUCUAUGGCCAAAAGUAUCAGCUUCCCCCUCACUAAGGUUUAUGUAGUUGAAGGUUCCAAACGUUCAUCACACAGCAACGCAUACUUCUACGGGUUCUUUAAGAACAAACGUAUUGUGCUGUUUGACACUCUGCUGGAAGACUACUCGCCUCUCAACAAGAGUGGAGAGCCUCAGCCCGAGCAGCAAGAGAACGACGAGGCAUCCAGCGAAUCAAAAGCCAAGCCAAAGAACAAGAAACAAGGAUGCAACAACCCAGAGAUCCUCGCAGUCCUAGGCCAUGAGCUUGGCCACUGGAAGCUUGGACACACCGUCAAGAACAUCGUCAUCAGUCAGAUGAAUUCCUUUUUGUGCUUCUCCCUGUUUGCUGCCCUGAUCGGACGUAAAGAACUGUUUGUCGCUUUUGGGUUCAAUGACAGCCAACCCACAUUAAUAGGCUUGAUGAUUAUCUUCCAGUUCAUCUUCUCUCCGUACAAUGAGCUCCUGUCCUUUUGUCUGACCGUGCUGAGUCGCAGGUUCGAGUUCCAGGCAGACGCCUUCGCUCGUGGCAUGGGCAAAGCCUCAGAGCUCUACUCUGCCCUAAUCAAGCUGAACAAGGACAACCUAGGCUUCCCUGUGGCUGAUUGGUUGUUUUCCAUGUGGCACUAUUCCCACCCUCCACUCCUUGAGCGCCUAAGAGCGCUGGGCAACGUCAAGCAGGACUGACGGGGCUGGAAGGAGGAGGAGCGAAUGCUUCCUCCUCCAAAGGGCCUCCGCAGGCCGCUCUUGGCUCUGUGAUGUACCCUGUUCUUUUUCUAGCAACUGCUCCCCUAAUCUUGAUUUUUCUUCUUUUAUUAAUUACUCUGCUUGCCAUUCUUUCUUCUCUGUUCCCUUUUGAAACUUAUUUUUAAACUAAACCAAAACAUAUCAGCACAAGCCAGCCUAAAAAAGACCUUGAAUUUAAGUCUCCACUUUCUUUAGAGACACCUAAUGUGCACUUGCUGAGAGCAAUACCUCUGGGCAAUGUGUGUUUAGCAAAAGCCAGUCAGAGCACAGGUCAAAUUCUGCAGAUUGUCUCAGGGGUUAUUUUGAAAAGAAUUGUACUUCUGGACAAUUGAUCAUUAAUAUUUUAAAAAAAGGAACACAUUUCUUCUCUCAAACUUGAAAGUAUAGAUGAGAGGUAGACAGCGUCACACAUGCUCCUGAUGAGGAUUUUUGCAGAUACACAGGCCAGACUUUGUUUUGCCUCACAGGUGUAACUGUUGCUUUAGAAAUAUCUUCAGGCAAGCUCAAGAGUAAAAACAUCAAUCUUGCACCAGAUAAAAUUCUCGGCAAGAGAAAAAUUACAUCAUCACAGGGGGAAAAAAGUCAGGGCCUUUUAUUAUUUCUGUUUUUGUUCAGACAAUGGACGCAUGAUAACAGAGCAGUGCAGACAUUUUUAUUUGAAUUUAUUUAGGUUAGACUUGUGAAUUCAUUUUUUUGUUACAAUGGGGGAAUCUUGUUUUAUUUUUCUAAAGCACUUGCUUGUCAACAAGGUUCCAACCGUAUCUGUACAUAUGUAACUUUAAUGAACAGAGACAUGACGUGUGAUGUGAAUUGUGAAAAAUGUUGAAAGUGUUUUUGAAAUUUUAAGUUUAACAUUGUUUCUUCUCUUGGUUUUUGGGCUGAGUGAGCCCAGAGUUGCCUGGCAAGCAAAAUAUUUAUGGGGAACUUGGGGAAAGAGGUCUGCAAGGUUCCUUUCUCCACAUAAGCCAGUGCUUGGUUUGUUCAACGAGGGAACUGUAUGCCUUCUUUGCAGCAAUGAAUAAAAUUCUUCAAAGCAUU